AUGGAUAGAAGAGAUGUUGAACGAGGGUAUGAUUCAAAGAAACAACGAAAUGUUCAAGAACGUAAAUACUCAGAAAUUGUAGCAUUAAAACGGUAUAAUAAUUGGGUUAAAGCGUGUUUAAUCAGAAAAUAUAUUCCAGAACAUUCAAGAGUAUUAGAUUUUUGUGGAGGGAAAGGAGGUGAUUAUAUUAAAUUUAAUCAAAAUAGUGUUAGGAGUGUAUUAACAUGUGACAUUUCAGGAGAGUCAUUAAAAGAUGCAGAAAAAAGAUAUAAAGAAAGAGAGCCAGCAUUUAGAUUUAAUUUGAAAACAAUUAAAGAAGAUUGUUUUAGUUCAGAAUUGUUAAAUAAAAUACCAAGCAAUAGUUCAUUUGAAGCAGUUUCAUGUCAAUUUGCUAUUCAUUAUAGUUUUGAAACAAAAGAAAGAGCUUAUCAAGCAAUUUUUAAUUUAACAAAAUAUUUAAGAAAAGGAGGAUUAUUUGUUGGAACAACAGUCAAUGCAUAUAGAGUAGUAAAGAAAUUACGUACUGUUCCAGGAAAUAAAUUUGGUAAUGAGUUAUUUACUAUUCGUUUUGAUGAACAAUUUGAUAAAGAGAAUAUACCUACAUAUGGAGCAAAAUAUUAUUUUGAAUUAAAAGAUGCUAUUGACAAUUUACCAGAAUAUCUUAUUCCAUUUUGUGAAUUUCAAAAAAUCUGUGAAGAACAUGGAUUGAAAUUAAUUGGAUUUUGGGAUUUUCAUCAAUUCUAUAGAGAAUGGAUAAAGUUUCAAGAAUAUAAUGAAUUACUUGAUAAAAUGGGGAAGAUAGAUUAUAUGCCAAAUAAUCAAUGGGAAAUUAUUAGUUAUUACUGUGCUUUUGUCUUCCAAAAAGUUCGCUGA